AUGUACGAGCUCAACGAAAGCAGCUUUGACCCCAUCACCUUCGUCCUGACAGGCAUCCCGGGCAUGGAGGAGUGCCACGUCUGGAUCUCCGUGCCCUUCUGCCUGAUGUACCUCACCGCAGUGUUCAGCAACUCGGUCCUUCUCUUCGUCAUCAGCACAGACCGGAGCCUCCACGAGCCCAUGCACCUCUUCCUCGCCAUGCUGGCCGUCUCUGACCUCAUGCUGUCCACCACCACGGUGCCCAAAAUGCUGGCCAUCUUCUGGUUCAGCGCCAGAGAGAUCUCCUUUGACGCCUGCAUCACGCAGAUGUUCUUCACCCAUUUCAGCUUCAUCGUGGAAUCCUCCGUGCUGCUGGCCAUGGCCUUCGACCGCUACGUGGCCGUGUGUGACCCGCUGCGCUACCCGUCCGUCCUGACGCCCUCGGUGAUCGGGAAAAUCGCCGUGGCCGCCGUCCUCCGGGGCUUCUGCAUCAUGUUC